AUGGAGGGAUCUGGAGACAGUUUUGAGUACCUUCUUCAGUUGAUGAAGACUUUGAGCUCUCAGGCUUGGGCAACGAGACAACAGACAGAAAAAGUGGAGCAGUCAUUGAAGAGGCUAGCGAAGCAGAAUCAGAUAAGUUACAACGAAUAUUCGAAAUCUCCUAAUGAUGAAACGCUAGGACAAGUCAAUACUUUAAAGCAAAAAACUAAGGAAGAAGAACUGGUCGAAGAAAACUAUCGGUUAAUGUACCAGAUCGAACAUCAAGAAUACAUUCACUCGAAGAUAUAUCUGCUUAUCCAACAAAUAGACGAGAUGAUAGUAUCAAUGCGUAACUUUAUCGUAGAAUAUAAAACAUCAGCGCCACAGAAACAACAAGAAUUCAUAACAAAAAGUGUUACAGCACCAAUGUCACGACUCAAGUAUAGCGAGAAACAACUAAAUGAUGGCCACAUUAAUGCCGAAAAGCAAUUAAAAAUAUUGAUGGGAGAAUUGACGGAUCUAUUCAAUAGAGUACCAUGGCAUAAGGUACCGAAUGAUAACCUAAACUAUCUACGGCUUAAAAAUGUGAUCGGAGAUUUUGAAGAUAAAUAUCAAACAAAGAUUGUUCCGGAAUCAAUUGCAUUGAAAUGA